AUGUCUGGCACUCGAGAACAAUGUCUUGCAUUUCUCAAAAACUUUAAGCGUCCCAGUAUAACAGUCCUCGUGGGUAGUAUUGCGUCUGUCAUUGGAUUUUUAGCCUUACUUGCUGGUAUAAUUUUGGGAGCUAUUACCAUUUGGGCUGAAGUUAAAUAUUAUUCCUUCUUCUCAGCUGAUGUGUAUCAGGGUGUAUUAGGACUCAUGAUUGGAGGCGGAGUGGUCAUGACUUUCGGUCUAUGUGCAGUCUGUGGUGGAUGUUUUGGAUGUUAUUUCGGAUGGAUUCAAUUAGGUCGGGAAUGCUGCUGUGGAGAAUCAUGUUGUUUGUGUGUCGGAGAUGGAUGUGAGUGUUUAGCUGAGAGAGUCUUGGAAACUUCAUGCUGUGAAUUGUUGUAUGAAUGGGGAAAGGGAGCACCGAGGGAGCAGAAUCGACAUCCCAAUAUCUAG